AUGUCAAGGCAAACUUUUUCUCUCUUAGAACAAAUUGUCGAAGAAAGGGAGUCCUCUACAUUAAGAACAUCGAGAAUUCCUGAGGCUGAAGUUUCCAGAAAUAAAAAUCAACCAAGAGAUGAUGAGGCAGCCGGGGCUAGAGCGUCUCAAAGUAGAACAGCGUACAGUGACACAAAAUCAGAGAAAAAAUCGGCAUUGAUAGCUUGCCUUACACGUCUGAGGGGGAGUGCCAUAGGCGAUCCUCUUAAAGAAUUUGUCAUGGAUUACUGGGAUGCUAAAUUGGAUUUCCUCAUGUACAAACUACGUGACGAUUUCUCAAACUUAAAACGAUGCAUCCAGUACGAUUUAAAUAGAAAAAUCGAAGAGCUCAAAAUUAAAAUGACCAUGCAUCAUGUUGCUAGAGCUCAACCCAUGGCGUCCCCUAGGGAAGGAUUAUCUACAAACUUUCCUAUUAAGACUUUGGAAGAGUUCCUCGAUUUUGAGAGGACUCUCGACCCAAUGCAUGAGGACAAUUUGGCUGACCCUGAAAAGGCUUUGAGCAAGCGUGUGACACUUAAAGAAUUUAUGAGUGUGUUAACGCAUAAAGAAUCCAAUUACGCUGCAGACAUUAAGAAGAUCAUCAAGGAAUUAAUCGCCAAAGAAGUUCAACUUAAUUAUAAUGGCGUAGGCCGUGUUGUCAAAGGAAAAGGAAAAAAAAAUUUCAGUGCAACAGCGACUUUUGCGUGUAUGAGAGAUUUCAUUGAGACAAAAUAUAAAGACCCUAAUCAACCAUUGAAGAUUAUUACGAUUACAAGUGAUUGGCUAGCAGGUGCUGGCGACAGAGAUGGAGGAUGCAUACAGCGUAAAAAGGAAGUUGGUGCAGUUUAACUGAAAAAAGAGCUUAGAGGGAUCGAACCAAAACUCACCAGUCAGUGAAAACUUAAUUUUGCGAAUUUACUGUUUUUCGUGUUAAAAAAAAGGAGUUAAUUUUUAACGUUAAUUUUUUUGUUCAAUAUUAUCAAGGGGUUUGUCCAGUUACGACAAUUCAGGCAACAAAUUUGUAUUUUUUGUGUUUAAAAAAAGGAGUUACGUUAAUGUUUGUUGUUCAUUAUUAUCGGCAGUUUUG